AUGAAGUUGCCAUUUUACCCCACCACCCAUUACGACGCCGAAGUAAUGCCACACCAAACUGCCAUCCAAGAUGUCGAAAAACAAGAGUCUACUGGUAUCGCAAACAAUGAUUCUUCUGUAUUCAAAAGGCUGGGUUGGCUGGACCGCUUUCUUGCUCUCUGGAUUAUUCUGUCCAUGGCGUUGGGCAUCAUCUUGGGCAACUUCGUUCCAGAGACAGGGUCUGCACUGGAACGAGGAAAGUUUGUUGGGGUUUCUAUACCUAUUGCUAUUGGCCUUCUUGUCAUGAUGUAUCCGAUUCUCUGUGCAGUAAAAUUCGAGACCCUACACCGCGCCUUUGCCACCAAAGAGUUAUGGAAGCAGGUGCUGUUCAGCGUCAUAGUAAAUUGGAUCCUGGCUCCAUUCUUAAUGCUCGCCCUCUCCUGGGCAUUCCUUCCAGACGAACAAGGACUUCGUGAGGGUCUCAUUCUUGUUGGACUGGCGAGAUGCAUUGCCAUGGUACUCAUCUGGACCGGGCUGGCUGGUGGCGACAACCAGUACUGCGCCAUCCUGGUCGCGAUCAACUCCCUACUCCAGAUGGUCCUCUACGCUCCGCUGGCUGUCUUCUUCAUCAACGUCAUCAGCCACUCCAACUCCGAAAUAACCGUCUCAUACUCCACCGUGGCGACAAGCGUUGCCGUCUUCCUCGGUAUUCCCCUCGGCGCCGCCAUCGUCACUCGCUUCACUAUCCGCCGCCUGAUCGGCGCCGCGUGGUAUGACGAUGUCUUCCUCAAGUAUGCAGGACCUUGGUCUCUCAUCGGGCUGCUCUACACCAUAAUCGUGCUCUUCGCCUCUCAGGGGAGCCGCGUCGUGCAUCAAAUCGUGUCCGUCGUUCGGGUUGCCGCUCCGCUGGUGGUGUAUUUCUUUGUCAUCUUUGCCCUUACGCUAUGGGUUACCCAUAGGCUUGGUUUCGGCUACGGACUGUCCGCAACCCAAAGCUUCACUGCCGCUAGCAACAACUUUGAGCUAGCCAUUGCUGUUGCGGUGGCAACAUAUGGUGCGGAGAGUGACCAAGCAUUGGCAUCCACCGUCGGACCCCUUAUUGAGGUGCCUGUCCUGCUCAGUCUGGUGUACAUUGUAAGAGUGGUUGGGCGGCGCCGAGGAUGGAAAGAGUGA